AUGAAUGGCCUGACUCUCUCCCUGAGCUGGGGCUUCUUGUUGCACAUCACGGAGACCUUGAUCGUGGCCUAUUUUGCGCUCAUCUCCUGGGCUGACUCGCAGGGCCUCUUCCCGAGGCUGGAGAACGUGGGAGCCUUCAAGACCGUGUCCGUCGUGCCAACCCACGCCACGUGCGGACUCCCAGACCACAGCACGUUUUGCCGUAGCUCUGCGGUCGCCGAAAGUCUCCAGUCCUGCUCCCAGAGGCUUUGCGUUCAGGAUUGCCCCCACAGAUCUGCACCCCCAGCCUACACAGCCCUCCUUUCCACAGGCCUGGGGGGCUGCGUGGCUGCAGACACGCAGGAUCUGCGCCCCGACUCCCCUCAAAAUUCCACGAGUUUUAUGUUCGGAAAUCACACGAGCUGCAUUUCUUCUCCUCCUCCUCCGAGGCUGACGGCAUCAUUUACAUUGGCUGUGUGGUUGAAACCCGAGCGGGAAGGUGUAAUGUGUAUUAUAGAGAAGAUGGCGCACGGGCAGAUUGUGUUCAAACUUACAGUAUCGGAGGAAGAAACCACGUUUUAUUAUCGCACAGUAAAUGGUUUGCAGCCUCCAAUAAAAGUAAUGACACUGGGGAGAAUUCUUGUGAAGAAAUGGAUCCAUCUGAGUGUGCAGGUGCAUCAGACAAAAAUCAGUUUCUUCAUCAAUGGUUUGGAGGAGGACAGCACAGCUUUUGAUGUGCAAACUCUAAGUGGUCCAAUAAUAGAUUUUGCCUCUGGUGCUACGCGGAUAGGACAGAGUUUAAAUGGUUUAGAGCAGUUUGUUGGAAGAAUGCAAGAUUUUCGAUUAUACCAGGUGGCACUUACAAACAGAGAGAUUGGGGCCAUCCCUGCUGGAGCUCUGCCCACCUUGCACGUCCAGCCCCACUGCCGCUGCCCAGGCAGCCACCCGCGGGUGCAUCCCCUGCGCCAGCGGUUCUGCAUUCCCAACGAUGCGGAGGACACGACCAGGGACAGGGUGUCUCGGCUGCAUCCCGAGGCCCACCCUCUCUCCUUUGUCAACGAUGACGACGUUGAGACUUCCUGGGUCUCACGUGUGUUUACAAACGUCACCCAGCUUAAUGAAGGAGUGACUAUCUCCAUAGAUUUGGAAAAUGGACAGUAUCAGGUGUUUUAUAUCAUCAUUCAGUUCUUAAGUCCACAACCAACAGCAAUAAGGAUGCAGAGGAAGAAGGAAGACAGCGAAGAUUGGGAAGAUUGGCAAUAUUUUGCUAGAAAUUGCAGUGUUUUCGGAAUGAAAAACAAUGGAAAUUUGGAAAAUUCAGAUUCGGUCAACUGUCUUCAGCUUUCAGAUUUUACUCCAUAUUCCCGUGGCAAUGUCACAUUUAGUCUCCUAGCACCUGGACCAAAUCACCGUCCUGGAUACAAUGACUUCUAUAACACCCAGUCUCUUCAAGAGUUUGUAAAAGCCACCCAAGUAAGACUUCAUUUUCAUGGACAGUACUAUACAACUGAGCCUCCCACCAGCCUCGGACACAGAUACUACGCGGUCAGUGAAGUCACCAUCACUGGCAGGUGUCAGUGUCACGGUCACGCCGACAGCUGUGACACGACGAGCCAGCCCUAUCGGUGCCUCUGCUCCCGGGAAAGCUUCACCAGGGGACUUCAUUGCGAUCGCUGCCUGCCUCUGUACAACGACAAGCCUUUCCGCCAGGGAGACCAAACCCACGCCUUCCCUUGUAAGCCCUGCCAGUGCCACGGCCAUUCCCGAAGCUGCCACUAUGACAUCUCAGAGGACCCCUUUCCGUCCGAGCACCACAGAGGGGGCGGAGGAGUCUGUGAUGAUUGUGAGCACAACACCACAGGACGGAACUGUGAGCUGUGCAAGGAGCACUUUUUCCGACCAGUUGGGGCAGAUCCUUCAGCCACGGAUGGGUGCCAGCCCUGUGAGUGUGAUGCAGCCGGCACCCGAAACGGUAGCCUCUUGUGUGAUCAGAUGGGAGGCCAGUGUGCUUGUAAGCGACGCGCUUCUGGCAGGAGGUGCAAUCGGUGCCAGGAUGGCUUCUUCAACCUGCACGGCCUGGAUCCUGACGGCUGUAGGCCUUGCAACUGCAAUACCUCGGGGACCGAGGAUGGAGAUGUUACCUGUCACCCACAUUCAGGCCAGUGCACGUGCAAAGCAAAUGUUAUUGGGCUCCGAUGCGAUCGUUGCAGUUUUGGAUUUAAAUUCCUCCGGAGUUUCCAUGAUGGUGGGUGUGAGCCCUGCCGGUGUCACCCCUUCGGCUCAGCGAGCAAACUCUGCGACCCUCUGUCGGGGCAGUGUGAGUGCAAGGCACAGGCCAGCGGACUCCGGUGUGACACCUGCCGGGAGCACUUCUAUGGGCUGGACGUCACUGGUUGCAAGGCCUGCGCCUGCCACCCCGCGGGGUCCCUGCCCGGGACGGUCUGUGACGCUGGGACAGGGCAGUGCCGCUGCAAGCCCCACGUUGGAGGGAGACAGUGUGAUGGAUGUUUGGAGGGAUCCUUCUACCUCCUGCAGAAUAACUCUUUCCUCUGCCUGCCCUGUGACUGUGAUAAGACGGGGACAGUAAAUGGCUCUGUGCUGUGUGACAAAUCAACAGGACAGUGUCCUUGCAAAUCAGGAGUAACAGGUCUCCGCUGCAGCCAGUGCCAGCCUCACAGGUACAAUCUGACCGCGGGCGACUUCCGAGGCUGCCGGGUGUGUGAGUGCGACCCCGCGGGGUCGUUACCCGGGACCACGUGUGACCCCAGCAGUGGCCAGUGCCGGUGUUUGCCUAAACGCCAAGGAAGAAGGUGUGACCAGUGCCAACCAGGCUUUUAUAUCUCUCCGGGCAAUGCCACUGGCUGCCUGCCCUGUUCCUGCCACACAGCUGGGGCAGCUCAUCACAUCUGUAACAGCCGAACUGGCCAGUGUGUUUGCCAAGAUGCUUCCACCGCUGGGCUAAGUUGUGACCGUUGUAGGGACCUUUACUUUGGAUUUGAUCCUCAGAUUGGGAGAUGUCAGCCUUGCAAUUGUCAUCUCUCCGGAGCCUUGAAUGAAACCUGCCACUUGGUCACGGGCCACUGUUUCUGUAAACGAUUUGUCACCGGCUCAACGUGUGACACUUGUGUUCCCGGAGCAAGCCACUUGGAUGCCAGCAACCCGUGGGGUUGCAGCAAAACUCCGUCCCAGCAACCUCCACCCAGAGGACAAGUUCAAAGUUCUUCGGCCAUCCAUCUCUCCUGGAGCCCACCGGAUCCUCCCAGUGCCCCCUGGCUUACUUACCGUUUAUUCAGGGACGGGUCUGAAAUCUACACAACUGAAGAUCAAUACCCGUACGACAUCCAGGACUUCUUAGACACGGCCCUGUCGCCAUAUACCUCCUAUUCCUAUUCCGUCGAGACCUCCAGUGUGCAGGGUUCCACGAGGAGUGCAGCUGUCGCCUACAGGACAAGGCCGGGGGUCCCAGAGGGAACCUUGAACUUAAGUUAUGUCAUCCCUGUUGGCUCGGACUCGGUGACGCUUACCUGGACAGCAGCCUCCAGUCGCGCUGGCCCCAUAGAGAAGUAUCUCCUGUCCUGCGCUCCCUUCGAUGACACCCAGCCCUGCGUUCCCCAUGAAGGUGGCGGAACCACGGCGACCAUCUGGAAUCUGCUUCCCUUCACCAAGUACCGCUUUUCCGUGCAGGCCUGUACCAGUGGGGGCUGUUUACACAGCUCGCCCGUAACCGUGACCACAGCCCAGGCUCCUCCUGGAGGGCUGGGUCCCCCUGCGGUGCUGGCUAUCAGUUCCACGAAACUGCGUGUAGAGUGGGCUCCGCCAAUGGAACCGAAUGGAAUAAUUGCAAGGUAUGAACUCUACAUGCGAAGAUUGAGAUCUGACGGAGAAUCCGCGUCAGCAGAAAGUCGGGUGUUUGAGAGCAGCAGCUGGCUCAGUCCUCGCCCGUUGGCAGAGUCGGCCAGUGAAAAUGCGUUGAAACCCCCUCCAGCAGCCACAACCAUCCCUGGCUUGGAGCCUUACACCACAUAUGAGUUUAGAGUCUGGGCUGGGAAUAUGGCCGGCAGCGUCUCCUCCCCCUGGGCCUCAGGACAGACAGGAGAAUCAGAGCCUAUAUCCAUGGCCCCUCCCUCAGUCUCCCCCCUCUCACCACACUCUCUCAACGUGUCCUGGGAGAAGCCGGCCGAUAAUGUUACGCGAGGAGAUGUUGUGGGAUAUGAGAUCAAUAUGAUUUCUGAACAGUCACCUCAACAACCUGCUCCGGUGGCGUUUUCACAGGUGUUGGCCAGGACUGAACCCCAGCAGCUGUCCUAUAUUGUAAGUGGACUGAAACCUUACAGGACCUACAACUUCACUGUCUCCCUCUGCAACUCAGUUGGUUGUGUAACCAGUGCUUCGGGAGCAGGGCAGACGUUGCCAGCAGCGCCAGCCCAGCUGAGGCCGCCUCUGGUCGAAGGGGUCAGCGGCACAGCCGUCCUCGCUCGCUGGCUCCCGCCCGCAGAACUGAACGGCCCGUCUCCCGUCUAUCAGCUGGAAAGGAGGGAGACGUCCCUCCCAGCCCCGGGGGCCAGGGCGGAGAAAGGAGUUCGCUUCCCCGGACACGGAUAUUACACAUUUCCCAGCUCCACUCACCCCGUCAACACAGACUUCACCGGCAUUAAGGCCAGCUUCCGAACAAGGGAGCCUGGAGGUUUGCUCGUCUUUGCCGCGUCCCCGGGCAACCAGGAGGAGUACUUUGCGCUUCAGUUGAAACACGGACGUCCUUAUUUUCUCUUUGAUCCUCAGGGGUCUUCAGUGGAAGUGACCACCACUAAUGAUGAUGAUAAACAAUACAGUGAUGGCAAAUGGCAUGACAUAGUUGCUGUGAGGCAUCAGGCUUUUGGCUGGAUCACGCUGGACGGGCAGUACACAGGUUCCUCGGGGCUUCUGAACGGCAGCACUGUCAUCGGAGAGAACACGGGCGUGUUUGUGGGAGGGCUGCCACGGGGCUACGCUGUCCUGAGGAAGGACGCCGGCAUAGUCCGAAAGGCUUUUGUGGGCUGUCUCAGGGAUGUGCAUUUUAUGAGGAAUUACAACCCCUCCGCAGUUUGGGAGCCUCUGGUUUGGCAGAAUGCGGAAGAGCAAGUCAACUCCUAUGACAUCUGGGAGGGAUGUCCCUCAUCAUUGCAAGAGGGAGCCCAUUUCCUCGGAGCAGGGUUCCUGGAACUUGAUCCGGGCACAUUUCAUGGCGGCCUGGACUUUGAGAUUUCCUUCAAGUUCAGAACAGACCAAUUGAAUGGGUUGCUCCUUUUCAUGUACAACAAAGACGGACCUGAUUUUCUUGCCGUGGAGCUGAAGAGUGGAAUACUGAGCCUCCGGUUAAACACCAGUCUUACCUUCACCCGAGUGGACCUGUGGCUGGGGCUGUCCUACUGUGAUGGGACGUGGAAUAAGGUGACGGUUCGAAAGGAAGGUGCCCUGGUGUCCGCCAGCCUGAACGAACUGAUGGAGCGCAUGUCACAGCCCAGAGCCCAGCCGCUGGCGGUGAAUUCCGCCGUCUACCUGGGAGGAGUCCCCUCCGAACUGCAGGACUCUCACGCACACCUGGGCUUGGAGCCAGGUUUCGGCGGCUGCAUGCGGGACGUUGCGUUUGAGCGCGGCACCGCCCUCCGCUUGGCGUCUGUGUCCAGCGGCGCUGUCAGAGUCAAUCUGGACGGAUGCCUGUCAAGUGACAGCGCCGUUAACUGCCGGGGGAACGACUCCAUCCUGGUGUACCGGGGCCCGGAGCCCAGCACGCAGGAGCGCGGCCUGCAGCCCUUCACAGAGUACCUGUACCGCGUGAUGGCCUCGCACGAAGGGGGUUCUGUCUGGAGUGACUGGAGCCGGGGGCGCACGACUGGAGCAGCUCCACGCAGCGUGCCAGCCCCCUCCCGAGUCCGCAGCAUAAACGGGUCGAGCGUGGAAGUGGCCUGGGAUGAACCUGUGGAGGUCAGAGGUGUGAUUGAGAAGUACAUCCUGCGAGCCUGCCCUGAGGGUGGCGGGCCCGGCCCACCCCGCACCCCCUGUGUCACAUCUGAGCUUGUGCAUGCCAGCAACCUCACAGGCGUACUGACAGGCUUGCUCCCCUUCAGAAACUAUGCGGUGACCCUCGCUGCCUGCACUCUGGCCGGCUGCACCGAGAGCUCGCGUGCCCUGAACAUCUCUACUCCACAAGAAGCCCCACAAGAGGUUCAGGCACCAGUAGCCAAAUCGCUGGCCAAUUCGUUGUUCCUCUCCUGGAAUCCUCCCAAAAAAGCGAAUGGUAUCAUCACUCAGUAUUCUCUGUAUAUGGACGGGACGCGAAUCUAUUCGGGCAUCGGAGAGAGCUACACAGCCACAGAUUUAGCAGUGUUCUCGCCCCACCAGUUUCUGCUGUGUGCCUGCACACAUGUGGGAUGCGCGAACAGCUCCCUGGUGAAGCUGUACACGGCACAGCUGCCACCGGAACAGGUGAAUCCCCCAAUUCUGACCGUCCUGGAUUCCAGAACUAUAAACGCACAGUGGAAACAACCAAGAAAACUAAACGGAAUUCUGGAGCGCUAUCUAUUAUAUAUUUCAAAUCACAUGCAUGACUUUACCGUUUGGGAUGUCGUCUAUAACAGUACAGAGCUUUUUCAGGACCACACGCUACAGCACCUGUUGCCUGGCACCAAAUAUCUCCUCAAGCUGGGAGCUUGCACCAGGGGCGGGUGCGCAGUGAGUGAGCCCAGUGAGGCCCGGACGGAGGAUUGCUCACCGGAAGGCAUGCCCGCCCCCAGAGCUCACUCCUAUUCACCCCACUCCUUCAACAUCUCCUGGACGGAGCCUGAGCAUCCGAACGGUGUGAUCACACGCUACGGGCUAUAUCUGGAUGGACUGCUCAUUCACAAUUCCUCAGAGCUCAGCUGCCAUGCUUACGGAUUUGCUCCGUGGAGCUUACAUUCUUUCAGAGUCCAGGCCUGCACGGCUAGAGGGUGUGCUCUGGGCCCACUGGUAGAAAAUCGAACUCUCGAAGCUCCCCCUGCAGGGACAGUCAGUGUCCUGGUGAGGACAGAGGGGUCCCGGAGAGCCUGCCUGAGGUGGGAAGGGCCGUCUCACCCGAAUGGACGCCUGACAUACACAGUCCUUCUCACCGGGACGUUCUAUGCAGAUCAAGCAGCUAAUAACUACACUCUUCUGAGUGGCACACGCCUCGUGCACCGUGGUGAAGAGACCAACCUGUGGGUGCCCAUUGACGGACUGGUUCCUUUUACUAAUUAUACGGUGGAAGUGAAUGCUUCAAACACCAGGGGCAGCCUGACAAGUGCGCCUACAGCGGUUGUGAUGCCCCCGGGGGCUCCAGAUGGCAUGCUGCCUCCCAGGCUUGCGGCCGCUGCUCCGACCAGUCUUCAGGUUGCCUGGUCUACACCAGCUCGGAACAACGCCCCCGGCUCAGCCCGCUACCAGCUCCAGAUGAGGCCGGGCCCCUCCUCCCCUGCGUUGCUAGAGUUAUUUUCCAGUCCUUCGGCAUCGUUAAGCCAUGAAGUGAGGGACCUCCAGCCGCACACUGAGUACGCGUUCCGCGUGGUUGCCUCCAAUGGCUUUGGCAGCGCGCUCAGCCCUUGGAUUCUGUUCAUGACGACGGAGGACAGACCCGGACCUGUGGACCCUCCGAUCCUCCUGGCUGUGGCCCCGAGAGCGAUGCUGGUCACCUGGCAGCACCCGGUAAAGCCCAACGGGGUCCUCACGCACUAUCACCUGUACCAGCGCGGCCAGCUCUUCCUGAGAGCUCCCGGCGAUGCCACGAACCGCACCGUGACCCGGCUGCGCCCACACACCGCCUACGCCUUCCAGGUGGAAGCCUGCACCGCCCCGGGCUGUUCCCUCUCCCCCCCGUCCCAGGCUGUCUGGACACCCCCAGACGCGCCGGAAGGCAUCCCAAGCCCCGAGUUGUUCUCCGAUACCCCGACAUCUGUGAUCCUCUCGUGGCAACCCCCCGCGCACCCCAAUGGCUUGGUGGAGAACAUCACCAUCGAGAGGAGGGCCCAGGGGAAGGAAGAAGUCACUGCCUUGGUGACUCUCCCGGGAAACCAUUCCACGCGGUAUAUGGACAAGACUGCCGCCCUCAGCCCGUGGACGAAGUACGAAUACCGGGUCCUGAUGAGCACUCUGCGUGGCGGCACCAACAGCAGCGCCUGGGCGGAGGUGACCACGAGGCCCUCCAGGCCCGCCGGGGUGCAGCCCCCCACGGUGCACGUGCUCAGACCCGGGGCAGCCGAGGUCACGUGGAAACCCCCGCUCAUCCAGAAUGGAGACGUGCUUAGCUACGAGAUCCGUAUGCCCGACCCUCACGUCACAAUCAUGAAUGUCACUCCCGCAGUGUUAAGCCACGUCAUCACUGGGCUGACUCCUUUCACUGAUUACUCGGUCAGCAUCGUGGCUUGCUCAGGGGGGAGCAGGCAUCUAGGAGGAUGCACAGAGAGUUUGCCCACCCACGUUACAACCCACCCCUCCCCACCUCAGGGUGUUCAGCCGCUGUCCGUGGUCCCCCUCAGUGAAUCGUAUGCUGCGGUUUCUUGGCAGCCACCAUCCAGGCCAAAUGGACCUGGUUUGAGAUAUGAGCUUCUGAGACGUAAAAUCCAGCAGCCACUUGCAUCAAAUCCCCCAGAAGAUUUAAAUCUGUGGCACAAUAUUUACUCAGGAACCCAGCGGUUUUAUGAAGAUAAGGGUCUUAGCAGGUUCACCACGUACGCAUAUAAAGUUUUUGUCCACAACAGCGUGGGUUUCACACCCAGCCAGGAAGCGACGGUGACGACGUGGGCUGGCCUGCCGCAGAGAGGAGCCAGGGUCUCCGUGACUGUCCUCAACCACUCGGCCCUCGACGUGCGGUGGGAUAAACCGACUUUUCAAGACCUACAAGGUGACGUUGAGUAUUAUAUGCUUUUUUGGAGUUCUGCUACCUCAAAUGAAUCUCUGAAAAUCCUCCCAGAUGUAAACGCUCAUGUCAUUGGCCACUUAAGUCCAAACACGGAGUAUCGGAUUUUGAUCUCUGUCUUCAACGGUGUCCACAGCAUCACCAGCGAUGUCCUGUACGCAACUACUCGCGAUGGGGAGCCUCAGGGCAUGCCUCCUCCAGAGGUUGUCAUCAUCAACAGCACAGCUGCACGUGUCAUCUGGACGUCGCCUUCCAGCCCAAAUGGCGUCGUCACUGAAUAUUCUGUCUGUGUAAACAAGCGGCUCCACAAGACGGGGAUGGAUGUGCCCGGGUCCCUCCUCCUACCAGACCUGUCUCCCUUCACUGUCUAUGACAUUCAGGUCGAAGUCUGCACAAAAUAUGCCUGUGUGAAAAGCAAUGGAACCCAGGUCACCACCAUGGAAGACACUCCAAGCGAUAUGCCAACACCCACAGUUCAUAGCAUCACUUCGAGAUCCCUUCAAAUUGAUUGGACGUCCCCGGGGAAGCCAAAUGGCAUCAUUCUGGGAUAUGAUGUCUUACGUAAAUCAUGGACCCCGUGCCCUGAGACCCCGAGAGCUCACAGCAGUGAGCUCUGCAAGGCAGUGAUGUGUCGAAAGCAUGAAACUACCUGUGGACACAGGUGCUAUGAUCCUGAGGCUAAGGUUUGCUGUGCCGGCGUGCUCCAUGAGGCCCAGCCCGGACACCACUGCUGUGAUGAGAAGUAUAUCCCUUUGGUUCUGAAUUCAACGGGAGUGUGUUGUGGCCGCCGCAUCCAACAGGCACAGCCAGACCACCGCUGCUGCGCGGGGUAUUACGUUAGAGUUCUGCCAGGUGAGGUGUGCUGUCCAGAUGCCCAGCACCACCGGGUCGCCGUGGGCCUGGGCGACGCCUGCUGCGGCCGGAUGCCCUACUCCACGGCGGGCGCGCAGGUGUGCUGCGCGGGGAGGCUGCGGGAUGGCCACGGCCAGCAGUGCUGCGGGGGACAGCUGGUCAGCAGAGAGGCCCAGUGCUGCGGGGGAGCAGACGGGGGCGUGGCGUACAGCCGCCUUCCAGGCAUGGCCUGUUGCGGGCAGGAUUACGUGAGUGUAGCCGAGACCAGAUGCUGCUCAGCCUCCAGCGGAGCCUCGCAGCCACAUGUUAGGAAGAGCAGCCGGGUGCCAGUGAGAUGCUGCCAGACCGCGCUUAUUCCAGGGAGCCAGGCCUGCUGCAAUGGAGUUGGAUAUGACCCCCUGGAAUCUGUCUGCUCCGACAAGGCUCCCACUGGAACCAGGGCGACGGACACCCCCGAAGCGUGCGGCACUCUCUGCCCAGCGUCUGCGGCGGCCACAGCACAUUGCGGCCGGUGUGACUUCAACUUCACCAGCCACGUUUGCACAGUGGUCAGCGGGUCUCGCAGCUCCACGGAGAGGUCACCGGUGGCAGAAGCGUGCUCCUCUGCGGAAGAGCUGGUGCACACAGGCAGCGCAGACAUGUUCUCCUUCACAGAUGCAAACCUGGAGCCCUAUACGACAUACGAGUAUAGGAUCUCGGCUUGGAAUGGCUACGGACGAGGAUUCAGCGAAGCUGUUAGAGCCAGCACGAAAGAAGACAUGCCUCAGGGAGUGAGUCCGCCUCAGUGGAUCAGAACGGACCGUCCUGAAGAUGGAAUACUCCUAAGCUGGAAGAAGCCCAUACAACCGAAUGGUCAUAUCAUUCACUACAUUCUUCUCCGAGAUGGAGUGGAAUAUUUUCGGGGAAGGUCAUUGGCCUUCUCUGAUACAACGGGAAUUGAGCCUUUUCAGGAAUAUUCAUACCAGCUGAAAGCUUGCACGGUUGCGGGCUGUGCCCCCAGCGGCGAGGUGGUUGUCACUACUCCCCAAGGAGUCCCGCAGAGCGUCCUGCCACCGAGGAUCACAGCCCCCAGUGCCGACGCCCUGCACUUGAGCUGGGAUGCCCCCGAGAAACCAAAUGGCAUCAUUACGGAGUACCAGCUCCGGCAGGUUGGGAAGGGGCUCAUCCACACGGAGACCACCGACAGGAGGGAACAUACGGUCACAGGUCUCCAGCCGUAUACCAGCUACAGCUUCACUCUUACAGCUUGUACAUCUGCCGGGUGCACUUCAAGUGAGCCUUUUCUAGGUCAGACUCUGCAGGCAGCGCCUCAAGGCGUGUGGGCGACACCUGGACACAUUAUCAUCAGUUCUACAGCCGUGGAAUUACACUGGGGGCCGCCGGAUAGGCCCAAUGGCCUUAUUUCCUGGUAUCAGCUGAUUCGUAAUGGCACCUCGGUUUUCCUGGGGGGCAGCGAGAAACAGCAUUUCACUGAUCAGAACCUGGCGCCCAACAGCAGAUACAUUUACAAGUUGGAAGCCACAACUGGAGGCGGCAGUAGUUUUAGUGACGAGUACCUUGUACAAACACCUCUCCUGACACCAGAAGAAAUCCAUGCUCCAUACAAUGUCACUGUGAUUGGGCCUUACUCCGUGUUCGUAGCCUGGACCCCACCAGGGAUACUGAUCCCCCAGAUGCCCGUGGAGUACAGUGUCCUACUCAGUGCUGGCAGCGUGGCACCUGUCACCUCCGCUGUGGGUCAGCGUCAGUCCGUCCUGCUGGGAAAUUUGGCUCCAUUUACACCGUAUGAGAUAAGGAUACAAGCGUGUCAAAAUGGAAGCUGUGGAGUGGGCAGUGGGACGUUGGUCAGAACAUCAGAAGCAGCCCCAAUGGAUCUGAGCCCCCCUGUUCUUAGGGCGCUGGGGUCCACUCGCAUAGAGGUUACGUGGAUGCCGCCCAAAACGCCAAACGGAGUCAUCACCCACUACUUUAUUCACAGACGUCCUGCUGGCUCUGACGAGGAGGCCCUGGUGUUUGUCUGGACAGAAGGAGCCUUCGGGUUUACUGAUGCUGCGGGCACCCUGAGGCCGUUCACGCUCUACGAAUACCAGGUCAGAGCCCAGAACUCCGGGGGCUCCGUGGAGAGUCUGUGGACCUCAGCACGGACACUGGAGGCCCCACCCCAAGACCUGCCAGCGCCCUGGGCUCAGGCCACUGGUGCUCACUCAGUGCUGCUGAACUGGACGGAGCCAGGCUCUCCCAAUGGCAUCAUCUCCCGUUACCACGUGGUCUACCAGGAGAGGCCGGAGGACCCCACAUUCAGCAUCUCCCCCGUGCGUGCUUUCACAGUAGCGGGAACAAGCCAUCAGGCCCACCUGUUCGGGUUAGAACCCUUCACAACGUAUCACAUUGGUGUUGUGGCCGCCAACGAGGCAGGAGAGGUGUCCAGCCCCUGGACCGUGAUCCAGACCCCGGAAUCUUCCCCGAGUGGACUGAGCAACUUCACGGUGGAGCAGAGGGCGGGCGGCCGGGCCUUGCUGCUGCGGUGGUCAGAGCCCUUGCGGGCCAAUGGCGUGAUUCAGACCUACAACAUCUUCAGCGACGGCGGCCUGGAGUACGCGGGCCUGAGCCGCCGGUUCCUCCUCCGCCGCUUCUCUCUCUCUCUCUCUCUCUCUCUCUCUCUCUCUCUCUCUCUCUAAUUCUCACCCAAGGAUAUUUUUCCAUUGAUUUUAAACAUCGAUGUGAGGGAAGCACAUCAAUUGGUUGCCGUGGGCCCCACCAGCGUGGAGCUCACCUGGUCGGAGCCCGUCCACCCGAACGGGAAGAUCACCCGCUACGAAGUGAUCCGCAGGUGCUUCGGGGGGAACCGGACAGAUGCGGACGUUGUCUGCACGGAGUACAAGGCGGACAGGGAUGCGUUUGCCUGCAGGGACGCCGGCCUGCAGCCGUGGACGCCGUGCGAGUAUAAAAUCCACGCGUGGAAUUCAGCCGGCCACGCCUGCAGCCCGUGGACCGCGGUGAGGACCCGGCCGGCGGCCCCGGAAGGUCUCUCUCCCCCUGCGAUCACCCUGGUGUCUGCGGGUCCCCCGACCCUGCUCAUCGCCUGGCUCCCCCCGGAGCAGCCCAACGGGGUCGUCCAGUCCUACCGGCUCCACAGGAGCGGGGCGCCCCGUCCUUUCCGCUUCGACGCCGUGACUUUCAAUUACACGGAUGCGGAGCUGCUCCCCUUCUCCACCUACAGCUACGCGGUCACCGCCUGCACCAGCGGGGGCUGCGGGGCCAGCGAGCCGGCCCACACCACCACCCCCGAGGCUGCCCCAGUGGGGGUGCGACCUCCAGGCCUCCGGGCCGUCAGUGCCACGCAGAUCAAUGCGUCCUGGUCACCGCCAGCGGCGCAGAACGGCAGGAUCACCACGUAUUGGCUCAGAAGUGAGGGCCAGGAGCACCCGGCCGGGCAGGGCCUGUCCCUGCUGGUCGCCCACCUGCAGCCUUACACGCAGUACAGCUUCUCCCUCGUGGCCUGCACCCGCGGAGGCUGCACAGCUAGUGCGCCCACCUGGGCCCGGACCCUGGAGGCCCCGCCCCAGGACAUGGAUCCCCCAGAACUGCAAGUCACGGGCUCGGAAUCCAUAGAAGUCACCUGGACGCCCCCCAGACACCCCAACGGCCAGGUCAGGAGUUACGAACUUCGCAGGGACGGGACCAUCGUGUACACCGGCUUGGAAACGCGCUACCAGGACUUCACGCUCACCCCCGGGGUGGAGUACGGCUACACGGUGACCGCCAACAACAGCCAGGGGGGCGCCGUGAGUCCCCUCGUCAAAGACCGAACCAGCCCCGCAGCGCCCUCAGGGAUGGGGCCUCCGACAGUACAGGCCCGGGGUCCCCAGGAGAUCUCCGUGGCCUGGGACCCUCCCGUGAGGACGAACGGCCAGAUUGUCAACUACACCCUCUUCGUCCGCGGGCUGCUUGAAGGAGAAACCAGGAUCGUGCACAUCAACGCGAGUCAUCACUCGUUUGGCACCAGGACCCUGGCGGUAAACCAGCUGCAGCCGUUCCGCAGGUACGAAGCACGGAUUCAAGCCUGCACCCUGCUGGGGUGCGCGUCCAGUGACUGGGCAUCCGUACUGACCCCCGAGAUGGCCCCUGCCAUGCAGCCGCCCCCACGCCUGGAGGUGCGGAUGGCUCCCGGGGGGUUCCAGCCCACGGUCUCUCUCUGGUGGGCAGGACCGCUUCGGCCAAAUGGACAAGUUUUAUCCUAUGAGUUGUACAGGAGACAAGUAGCAACUCAGCCUGGGCCGCCGAGCCCAGUUCUCACCUAUAAUGGAAGCGCCAGCUCUUUUAUGGAUUCCAAUCUCCUGCCUUUCACGGAAUAUGAGUACCAGGUCUGGGCAGUGAAUUCAGCAGGGAAAGCCCCCAGUAGCUGGACGCGGUGUAGAACGGGACCUGCCCCCCCAGAAGGUCUCGGGGCCCCCAGGUUCCACGCCGUGUCUUCUACCCAAGCUGUGGUCAACAUCAGUGCCCCUGGGAAGCCCAAUGGCAUUGUCAGUCUCUACAGGCUCUUCUCCAACAGCACUGGCGGGGCAGAGCUGGUGCUGUCGGAAGGCCCGGCCGCCCAGCAGACCCUCCGCGGCCUGCAGCCCUUCACCACCUACUCCGUUGGCGUGGAGGCCUGCACCUGCUUCAACUGCUGCAGCAGGGGGCCCACGGCGGAGCUGAGGACGCGCCCUGCUCCGCCCGCCGGGGUGGCCUCCCCCCACAUCCAGGCGCUGGCCUCCAGGACAGCCUCCGUCCUGUGGAGUCCCCCCCUCUUCCCCAAUGGCAUCAUCCAAAGCUACGAGCUCCAGCUGCACAGGGCCUGCCUUCCGCACACAGAGGCUCCCUGCACCCCCAGCCAGACGGAGACGCAGUACAGGGGCCCGGGGCCCAGCGCCAGCCUGGGGGGGCUCCAGCCUUACACCACCUACAGGCUGCGCGUCCUGGCCCACAACCAGGCAGGCAGCGCGGCCUCCAAGUGGAUCCGCUUCACCACCCAGAGAGAGCCCCCUCAGUACCAAGCCCCGUUCUCGGUGACCAGCAACUUGACAGUGGUGUGUGUCAGCUGGGCCGACUCCUUCCUCCUGCACGGCCCGCUGAAGGAGUUUGUGCUGACCGACGGGGGCCGGCGUGUGUACCGUGGCCUGGACACCACCCUCUACAUACCGAGGACUGGGGACCGCACCUUCCUUCUCCAGGUCACGUGCACCACGGAGGAAGGAAGUGUGAAGACGCCUCUGAUCCAGUACGACCCCUCCACGGGCCUCGGCCUGGUGCUGGCCACGCCCGGAGGGAAGAAGGGGGCGGGGAGCAGAGGCACCGAGUUCUACGACGAGCUGUGGUUCAUCGCGCUGAUGGCCGUGCUGGGCCUCAUCUUGCUGGCCAUCUUCCUGUCCCUGAUUCUGCAGAGGAAGAUCCACAAGGAGCCCUUCAUCCGGGAGAGGCCGCCCCUGGUUCCCGCGCCGAAGAGGACGUCCCCGCUCAGUGUCUACCCCCCGGGGGAGACCCACAUGGGCUUGGCCGACACCAAGAUCCCGCGGUCGGGGGCCCGCGUGAGCCUCAGGAGCAACCACAGCAUCUCCGUCCUGCGGAUCCCGAGCCAGAGCCGGCUCAGCCAGGCCUCCCAGGGCUCCCUGCACCGCAGCGUCAGCCAGCUGCUGGAGCUGCACGACAAGAAGGUCCUGGUGGACAACGCGCUGUGGGAGACCAUCAUGGGCCACGACAGCGGCCUGUACCUGGACGAGGAGGACCUGAUGAACGCCAUCAAGGGCUUCAGCUCCGUGACCAAGGAGCACACCACCUUCACCGACACCCACCUGUAGGGCCGCCGCCUGCAAACUGUUUCUACUGCUGUUCACACUCUGCCCCGGCCACAGGAUGGGAAAGCCGAACACGCUCACCGAUGUCGUUCCCGGAGGAGUAGCUGC